UCUAGAUGCGCGCAUUCCCCACCUAGUUCAUGCUAGAGCAAUAAACUCUAAACGAUCAGGAAACGUGGAAUCAUGCUUGCUAUGUACUGCCAGUAGACUAUCAGCUCGUAUUCGAAGCGGAUUCACAUCGAAAUGUCGCUCGAUCAGCAAUUUGAAGCAGCUGCUGCAGCUAUAAAGGAGCUUACAAUACGUCCUACUAAUGAGGAGCUUUUGGAACUUUACGCUUUAUUUAAACAAGCUACAAUUGGCGAUAAUAAUACAUCUAAACCUGGUAUGCUGGAUUUGAAAGGAAAAGCAAAGUGGGAUGCCUGGAAUAAGAAAAAAGACACUUCGCAAGAAAUAGCGAAGCAAACGUACAUCGAUUAUGUCAAUCAAUUGCUCGAAAAAUAUAAAUAAAUUUAUCCGUCUUCUGGGUAGUUGUGUUCCUGUCAUAGUUAUAAGCCAAAUACAUUCUCAUGUAUAUGAUACAGGCCUCAUUCGUCUAGACGUUAACAUAAAUGCUGAAAACUUUGAUGAUCAAAGUUGGAACAAAAAUUAUUUAUAUAUAUACAUCAUAUAUAUAUAUAUAUGUAUAUAUAUAUAUAUAUAUAUGUAUAUAUAUAUAUAUGUAUAUAUAUAUAUAUAUAUAUAUAUAUAUAUACAUAAAAUAUAUAUAUUUAUAAAUAUAUACUUUUGAGUACACAGACACACUUAUUCUUAUAGUGCUUUCCUCAAUAUACCAAGCAUCAAUGAAAACAAUGUAGAUACAAAAUAAAAAUAUAAUCAUGUUA